UCUUCGUUUUGCCAAAUCCACUGGUAUAACCUGAAUUUUCAGAUCCUCAUCGUUUCUGCCCUCUGUCUUACAUCACUGCUUUCGAAUAUGACUACUUACAACUUCACAAAAAUCUGUAUGGUGCCUAAAAAUGACUCACAUAACGUUGUGGAACCAGGACAAUACAACAAAAAUCAACAAGCAUGGCUCCAAGCUUGUGUAGCCAUUGGUGCUCUGGUAGCUUCAUUUCCAUACACCUAUAUGUUCCAGCACUACACGAAGAAAUGGGUAUUUCUGUCAGCGGGUAUAAUUUCAGCAGAUGCCCAAAUUCAGGGCGUUGCUUUCUCGGCCACUUUUCCGAUUAUCGGGGCAGUUACAGCCGACUGGGCGGUUUUGACGGAACACGGCUUAUUCGUAGGCUUGCUCACAGGAUGCACUCAACUUAGCAAUAUUUUCACUAUGCCAGUAUCUGGCGCUCUCUGCUCGUCGAGCUGGGGCUGGCCAUCUGUGUACUACGUCCAUGCUGGAGUGUCCGUAGUAGCGUUCAUCUUGUGGUCGCUCAUAUACAAGGACGACCCAGAGGAUCACUCCAUGGUUGAUGUUGGAGAAUUGAAAAAACUUCAGCGCGGAAAACUAACGAAAAAGGAUCACCACACCGGCAGUAUUCCAUAUCGUUCAAUUUUGUCGUCCAAAACACUUUGGGGUGCUUGGAUAGCAGCUUUCGGCGAUUUAUUGGCUGUACAGUUGGUGGCCAUGUUCAAUCCGCAAUAUCUGAACGACUAUCUCCACUACAAUGUACUGAAAACGGGUUUCCUUGGGGCACUUCCCGUUCUAGUUCAAUUCAUUCUUAAGUUGCUGGGAGGAGUCUCAAGUGAUAUGUUGAAAUGCUUCGAUGAAACCACUAAGCUACGUGCGUACAAUUCGUUUGCCCUUGGCGGCUCAGCCAUUUUCUUUGCGAUAUUGGCUUUCGUCCCUCGGGAACAACGCGUCACUGCCAUUGUUGUUCUUGUUUUCGCGGAGAGCUUACUUGGAUUGAAUACGGCUGGAUUCAACAAGUGCGCUACACUGCACUCUCGACAGUAUGGACACUUUGUGAUGACCCAGAUUAUGAACAUAUGGGCGGUGACAAUCCUGCUCGAACCGUUUGUGGUGAACUCGAUCGUAGCAGCUAACAAUUUUGAAAGCUGGCGUAACUGCUUCCUGUUCCAUGCCAUCGCCCUUCUGGUCUGUAACGCUAUAUUCUGCAUAUGGGCUGAUGCCAAGCCUGCGCCAUGGACGCAAGUUCCCGAGCAAAGCAAUGGUGAUACACAUGACUCUGCAGUGCCUGAAAACGGUGGCAACAACACAGUUAGAAGUGCACAUUAG